AUGUCGAACUUGAGUGUUAUAUAUGACUUUGAUCAACAUUGGGGACUUUCUCGAAGUUCAUCAGUUGUGCAGAGAGCAAACAGUGAGCUCCGUUUGAAUAGUGACGAUGAUGUUAGGACUUUCUUGAGGAACAAUACACGUAAAGUUAGCACUUCUGAUGACGUUCCAGAAAAUCCUCCACGUCUUCCACCUAAGCCACAGGCGUAUAGCUCAGCGCAUCUACGUGAAUCAGCAGGUUAUAUUUUAGAGCCAACAAAAGCUCCAUACAACAAAACAGUGAAAAAUUCUAAAGUUGAGCAAACAAAAUGGUCAUUGAACCAACCUCCUUCCGUUACAGACAUUUCUUUACAUACUCCACCACUUCAAAAUGAAUCUCCUCGGAAGAAGUUUGAUAGUGAUGACAGAAAUCAUUCGCUAAGCAAAGAAGAAAGCAAAACUGUGAAAGAAUGUGAAAUGUCUGUGUCUGUUAAGAAAGACCAUCUUGACUAUAUUCAACGCAGUAACUUCCUGAAAGAAAUAAAGAAUAUAUACCCUCGGUUGGGCAGCGUUUCUUUGACGGAAAACAAUCAGAAAAUUAGUUUCAUAGGGUCUAAAGAGGAUGUUAUAAAUGCUGAACAACAGUACAACAAAUUUGUCAAAACGAUUAGGGUGACUUGUCUUACUCUUUGUCAAGAAAUGAUUACAUUUUUGACGAAAAAAGCAGGAUUGAAAUUUUUUGAAAGUUGUUUAUCUCAAGAAAACAUACUGGCCGUGCUAUUUGUGGAGUCUGAAUCUAUUGUAAAGGUGGUAGUGCAAUCAGGAGAUUUUGACGCAGUGAUAAAAUGUUUAGGAAAUAACAUUCUGAAGAAAGAGAUAUCAUUGCCACUAGACGACAAGCACAUUUGGAAUUCGAGAUGGUUUGAAAUACUCGAGGCAAUUAAAUCGGAAGACACAAUCGAUUAUUAUACAAAUCCUGGCUCUGUAAAAGGUUGCAUCUUUCUUUAUGGCGCUGCACCUCUUGUUGAGAAAUAUAGCAAUGAUAUUAGAAGUUUUUUUGAAAGAUUCCAAGUUAUAGUUCAUUCUGUUGAUGUUGAUGGCGAGAUAGCUCGUUUUUUGAAAGAAAAACUAAAGAAGGAAUUUGAGAAUAUUGAAGAUUCACUUAAAGAUGAGCAUGUUAAUAUUGAAAUCCAUUCAGGAUCCCUAAAAUACACUGGCACAAAACAUGGAAUUGAAGAGGCAAAGGCACGAGUAAUGAAGUUAAAGAAUAAAAUAAAGACUAAAACAAAAUCGUUCUCUUUCGUCGGAGCUCUUGAUUUAUUCUUUAAUGAUCAUGGUCUGAGAUACUUGAAAGGUAUUGAGGUAGAAACAAAUGCCAAAAUUGAGAUAAUGGAUAGCUACCAAGAGAACCAGGAACGUGGUAUUGUUCCAAGAAAUAAUGUAGAACCUUAUGAUGAAUGCAACUUUACGACGAAAGAAGGUCUAAACGUUUCGUGGAAAUAUGGUAACCUGGUCAAAGAAUGUGCUGAUAUUUUAGUCAACUCAGCCCUCCCAAAUCUGAGCCAGCAAACAGAGCUAGGUCGUGUAUUAAGUGAUAUUGCAGGACCUUCGUAUAUCGCUGAGUGUCGUCAACAAUCUCGUUUGAAAGAAGGCGAUAUAGCUAUCACAAAAGGGGGAAAUCUUUCAUGCAACUAUGUCAUUCAUGCCGUUUUAUGUGAUUGGAUAAUUGGAGGAAACUCUGAAGAAAUGUUACGUGGACUUUUGUCAAAAAUUCUUCAGGAAUGCAAUCGUCUUAAUGCCAAAUCCUUGGCGAUGCCUUUUUUGGGAACUGGCAAACACAAUUUUCCCAAAAAUGUUGUUUUGCGUAUCAUGAAAGAAGAGUUCAAAAAAUUCAGUUCUACGUUCCUACAAAGCUCAAUGAAAGAAAUCAAGUUGGUGAUGUAUGAUCCACGACAAAAAAACACGAUGAGGACACGACAAACGAACUUAAGCCACGCUAUUUCAACCAACGGCAAGGGAGACUUUGUACCUUUUGUGUUUGGCUUUGGCAAGGAGUCUAUAACGAUUCGGGUUUUUGGCCUUUCGCAUGAGGAAAUCUCAUCUGCUUUACAAAAACUCGACGAGUUUAUCAAUUACAAUAUUACAACAAAGAAAGUGAAGGAUAGAAAUCUUUACGAUGUUGUCCAAAAAUAUAGAAAUGAAAUAAAAAGGAUUGCAAUUGAUGCUCGCUUGAGAAUGGAAUGUGAGGAUGAACAGACGAUUCGCAUGACUGGUUUGCGCAGCAACGUUGACGAAUCAAGCACAGUACUCAAAGAGCUCAUUAACAAGUUUACUGAAGAGGAGAAAAGACUUAAACAACUGAAAUACCUGUCUGAAAAUUUUCAAUGGAGUUACCAUGAUGUACAUGAUAAUGUUAUCCUUUACAAUAAAGAGUUGAGCAGUAUACUCGAGAUUGCUCACAUGAAUGGUGAACAAACUACAGAGUUUACAGAAUCAGAUGGACAAGUCUUCAAUGUCGAUUUCGCACAAAUGAAAGCUAUCAAUAGAAGAACGGGUGAAAAAAAGACAUUGUUGAGGAAGAUGAUCGCGGAUGUUUCACUUCCAUCAAAUUGGUCACCGCCAUGUACACCAAAUCAAGUUGUUCAUCUUGCCAGAGUAGUACAAUCCUCUCCUGAAUACUUGGAGAUAAAAAAUUAUUUCGUAGCUCAUGGAGGAAGAGCUGAUCAAAUCGACAUGAUUGAAAGGAUACAGAACCCCGGUCUUUAUUGUCUGUACCAGGCCUUUAAGAAGAACAUGCAUGGUGCUGUAAAUGAAAUGCGUCUUUUUCACGGCACUAAUCCAAACAAUGUUCUAUCAAUAUACACAAAUAACUUCAGCCGUAGCUUUGCUGGAUUAAAUGGAGUAUCGUAUGGAAAAGGAGUGUAUUUUGCAAGAAAUGCAUCAUAUUCUCUCAGGUACUCCCUUGAUCAGUGUCCUGAAUCACGAGCAAAGAUGUUCAUCGCCAAAGUUCUUGUUGGAAGUUACACAUUGGGUCAGAGAGGACUAAAGGCACCGCCAUCGAGAAAUGAUCCAAGUAAUCCAGGUCUAGUUUAUGAUUCUGUAGUGGAUAAUCAGAGAAACCCAACAAUAUUCGUCAUUUUCCAAGAUAACCAGUGCUAUCCCGAGUAUCUUAUAACAUUAAAUAAACAACAUAGCAAUUCAAUGAUAUAG